GUGAGUCACCCUGUAUGCCUUCACGCACAGAUAUGGCUCUGAUUAAGGGGAACGCAAGUUGUGGGCUUCAAAACUCCAUAUCAGAAGUGUGUCCAGCAGCAGAGCGCCUACACUACAUCCUGGGUGAUGACGAUGAUAUGGCCACACCCACGCUCUUCACUGAGAUGGACACACUUCAGCAUGAGGGUGGUGAGCUGGAGUGGAAGGAGUCUGCCAGGUGGGUGAAGUUUGAGGAGAAGGUGGAAGAGGGCGGGGAGCGGUGGAGCAAGCCACACGUGUCCACACUGUCCCUGCAUAGCCUGUUUGAGCUGCGUACCUGUCUGCAGACCGGCACCAUCUUGCUCGACCUUGAGGGCUACUGCCUGCCCCAGAUCGUGGAUGACAUUAUCGAGCGGCAGAUAGAGGAGGGCCUGCUAGGGGUCGAGCUGAGGGACAGGAUCGCCUUCGUCCUGCUGAGGAGGCACCGGCAUCAGACCAAAAAGCCCAUUCACCGCUCGCUGGCCGACAUCGGGAAGACAAGCUCCACUGGCCGCAGUCCAAGUCGAAGCCCUGGUGCAGCUCCAGGCUUCAAUUGCUCCACGGAGGACCUGCAACUGAAGCAGACAGGGAGCUACGGCCGUCUGCGACACACCCAGAGUCGCAGCAUGAAUGACAUCUCAGACACGCCUAGCACAGACCAGCUGAAAAACAAGUUCAUGAAGAAGAUCCCUCGAGAUGCAGAGGCUUCCAACGUCCUGGUGGGGGAGGUGGACUUCCUGGAGAAGCCCUUUGUUGCCUUUGUGCGUCUGGCUCAGGCCACCACACUGGGAGGUUUGACUGAGGUCCCCGUGCCAACUAGGUUCCUAUUUAUCCUGCUGGGUCCUCCUGGCAAAUCUAAGUCCUACAAUGAAAUCGGCCGUGCCAUUGCCACUCUCAUGGUGGAUGACCUUUUCAGCAGAGUGGCCUACAAGGCCAGGGACCGGGAGGACCUUAUCGCUGGCAUUGAUGAGUUCCUCGAUGAGGUUAUCGUGCUUCCACCAGGAGAGUGGGACCCCAAAAUCCGCAUUGAACCCCCCAAGAAGGUACCUUCUGCAGAAAAGAGGAAGUCUGUCUACUCUUUAAACGAGCUGGGGCAGAUUAACGGGACUGCAGGAGAGAGCGGGGGCGUGAGUGAGGAUGAGGAGAUGCCUACUGCACAUGAAGUAGGAGAGGAGCUGGUGUUCACAGGAAGGUUCUGUGGUGGUCUGCUCCUGGAUAUCAAGCGAAAGCUGCCCUGGCUUCCCAGCGACUUCUAUGAGGGCUUCCACAUCCAGUCCAUCUCUGCUGUGCUCUUCAUCUACUUGGGCUGCAUCACCAACGCCAUCACCUUUGGCGGGCUGCUAGGUGAUGCCACUGACAACUACCAGGGAGUGAUGGAGAGCUUCCUUGGGACAUCCCUGGCAGGUACUGUGUUCUGCCUCUUUGGAGGGCAGCCACUCAUCAUCCUCAGCUCCACGGGGCCAAUUCUGAUCUUUGAGAAGCUCCUCUUCGAUUUUAGCAAGAGCAACAGCAUUGACUACAUGGAGCUGCGUCUAUGGAUUGGACUUCACUCGUGUCUCCAGUGCUUUCUGCUGGUCGCUACGGACGCCAGCUACAUCAUCAAGUACGUCACCCGCUUCACAGAGGAAGGGUUCUCCAGCCUCAUCUCCUUCAUCUUCAUCUCAGAUGCCAUCAAGAAGAUGAUGGACUCUUUCAGCUAUUACCCCAUCAACAUGGACUUCGAGCCUGAUCUCAUCACCAUGUACAGGUGCGAGUGCAUGGCCCCUAACCAAGUGGUUCCAAUCAUUUUCAAUGUCUCAGCUCUGCUAGUGCCAGAAAACACCACUGACCUAUCUGUGCUCAAUGUGACAGCCCUGGACUGGAGCCAGCUCAGUAAGGUGGAGUGUCUGAAGUACGGGGGCUCUCUGACGGGCAGCUCCUGCGAGUUUGUCCCUGACCUGACACUCAUGUCCUUCAUCCUCUUCUUUGGCACCUACUCCAUGACGGUCUCACUCAAGAAAUUCAAGUUUAGCCGCUACUUCCCCACAAAGCUCCGGAAGCUCAUCAGCGACUUUGCCAUCUUCUUGUCAAUCCUGACAUUUGUGGCUCUUGAUAUGUUCAUCGGGCUGAAGACCCCGAAGCUCAUUGUUCCGACGGAGUUUAAGCCGACUCGCCCUGAUCGUGGCUGGAUGGUGAUGUCGUUUGGGAAGAACCCUUGGUGGAUGUACCUGGCCAGCUUCAUCCCUGCCCUUCUGGUCACCAUCCUCAUCUUCAUGGACCAGCAGAUCACUGCUGUCAUAGUCAACCGCAAAGAGAACAAGUUAAAGAAAGGCUGCGGGUACCACCUGGACCUCUUCUGGGUGGGCGUCCUCAUGGCCGCCUGCUCCCUCAUGGGGCUCCCGUGGUACGUGGCUGCCACCGUCAUCUCCAUUGCCCACAUCGACUCGCUCAAGAUGGAGAGCGAGUGCAGUGCCCCCGGCGAGCAGCCGCAGUUCCUGGGAGUGCGGGAACAGAGGGUGACAGGGAUCCUGGUGUUUGUCCUGACUGGAGUCUCCAUCUUCCUUGCCCCCAUACUGCAGUUCAUUCCCAUGCCUGUGCUCUAUGGGGUUUUCCUCUACAUGGGCGUGGCUUCUCUCAGUGGCAUCCAGUUCUGGGACAGGAUUAAGCUCUUCCUGAUGCCAUCCAAGCACCAGCCCGACUUGUCGUUCCUGCGUCACGUCCCCCUGCGCCGAGUCCACCUCUUCACCCUGGUGCAAAUCAUCUGCCUGUCUGUGCUCUGGAUUCUGAAGUCCACAGCACUGGCCAUCAUCUUCCCAGUCAUGAUCCUGGGCCUAAUGGUGGUGAGGAAGAUGCUGGACAUGGUGUUUGCUCAGCACGACCUGGCCUGGCUGGAUGACUUGCUGCCCGAGAAGGAGAAGAAGGCAGUGGAUGAGAAGAAGAACGAGAGGAGCAAGAAGAAAGUCAGAGGAGGGGAGGACGGAGACGAUGAGGAGAAGUACCACACCUACUCUAACUGCUCUCCUGCUGCAUCCGACCUGGACCGCAGCAUCACUCUGCACCUGAGGAUCUCCUGUCCGCCUUCCCCCGCCGCGCCCUUCGCCCGAGGAGUAGGCUGCACCGUGCCACAGGUCAAGAUAGAGAUGGAGUCCGACUACGAGGACAGUGAGCACCGACACAGAGACAUGAGCAGUGAAACCACACUGUAAGGCCACCCUCAGAACGUACACACUCACCAUCCAGGACCACUGUGACCGGACAUGCUGCACUGAAUAAUCAGUCUCAUAUCUGUUUCCAUUCUACCACUGACCAAAUCAUCAUCUUCCUUCUGUCAUUUUCAGUUGGCCACUUCCAAACUGUGUCAGCCAGCUAGGUGAGAAAGCUUUUUUAGACUAUAUAGACGCUCCCUGGGUUACAUUCUGAUAAACCUAAUGUAAGGUGAAAAUAUCAUGAGGUGAAAAUGCAUUUAAUACAGCACACCUAACAAACAUGCUUAGCCUACCGUUGGGCAAAAUCGUUAACGCAAAGCCUGUUUCAUAAUAAAGUGUUGAAUAUUUAAUGUAAUUUAUUUAAUAAUCAUACCCAUCGUAAAGUCAAAAUAUCAUAACAUGGACCCUCGUAAUCCGGGGAGCAUCUGUACACGUUUCUUGCACAUCCUUGCCCAAACAUGUAGCUGGUCAUUCAUUCACUGCAGAGACAGUAGUUUACCACAGGGUGGCGCUCUGUGGUCUGCAGCACUCACUACCUUGGGAUUGCUGUGAAAACAUACUUUUGUGCAUAUAUGGCUUUCAUGAACGUGUCUGGGGGACACCAUCAAAAACACGGGUAUAUUUACCGCACUUGGGUCCCCACGUAUUCUAUACUUGAAGUAAAACAACAGCCAGAGUAUUUUCUGACUUUAGUUUUGUAUGUUUAUGCCUGAUUACU